AUUUAAAGGGGAGACAGUCCGGCGCUGUAGCAAUUUGAAUUAAAAAAGCCAACCUCUCUUUCUAUGGAACCACUGGAAGCUUCAGACUCUCUGCGUGCCUUACCCCAGCUCGGACCACUGUGUUAGCGGCUCGCCAUUUAUCUCCUGUGCGUGGAUUGACUUGGACUGGGCAGAGAAUCGUGUUAUAGCCUAUUUUACAGCGUUUUACGGCAGCGUCAUUAUUUGACAGGAUGAGGACAUCCGCACGUGUCCUGUGCAGCAUGUUUUUCCUCGUGGGACUUCUCUCCUACCCAGCGGAUUCCAAACGGAACCGAGGAAGCCAGGGUGCCAUCCCUCAUCCUGACAAAAACAACCCAAACGAAUCCGAGCAGCAGCCCCAGCCGCCACAAGCGGGCCCUGGCUCUCACGGACGGAAGAAGGGGCCCCAUUUGUCCGCCGACGAGGUGCUGGAGUCCAGCCAAGAGGCUCUGCAUGUCACCGAGCGCAGAUACCUCAAACUCGACUGGUGCAAGACCCAACCACUGAAGCAAACCAUCCACGAGGAAGGCUGCAUUAGCCGCACCAUUAUUAAUAGGUUCUGCUACGGACAGUGCAAUUCGUUUUACAUCCCCAGACAUGUCCGCAAAGAGGAGGGAGCCUUCCAGUCGUGCUCGUUCUGUAAACCAAAGCGAUUUACCACCAUGACGUUGACUUUGAAUUGCCCGGACCAGCAGCCGCCCACCAAAAAGAAGCGCGUGCAGCGCGUGAAACAGUGCCGCUGUAUCUCCAUAGACUUGGACUAAACGAGGAUGACGGCUGGCGUUGGCGUUACAAAAGAGCACUGGGGUGGCAGAGGAGCAACAUUCAGAGACACUUCUUGUUUUAAAUCUUCAUAAAAAAAAACCACAGAAAAGGAGGGCUGGUUUCAUAGUCUCACGCGAUAGAAAAUCAUGUUCACUGCUGCCUGCGGUUUUCUUUCUCCAGACUUAGAUUAUAAACAGUUCACUUGGCACUGCAGUUACCGGAUGGACACAGCAAUUAUCACAGACACAAACUGACAGGCAGAUCGGCACACAUUUAAAUCCUGAUCACUCUGGGAUACAUUAUAAAGGUCAGAUCUGCGCAGCAUGGAAGUCAACAGGAGGCUGCGGCAGGGUCUUUCCGUCAGAUCAGCCAAGCACGUUUGGGGUAGCCUCGGAAAGGCCUUGCAGACUACAUGUGGCGUGGGCUUGUAUUUCUCCACCCUACCCUCGCUUGAAAUGAAGUUAAUGCUUAUGAUUUCCACUAUGUGGAAUUGGAGAAACACUAUCUCGAUUAUUUAAUAACUGGGACGAAUUGUUCGGAAUCUCCUUUGCCCUACUAUAUUGCCAGAUUAUUGUGCAAUCAUAUAGCCUAUUCGGAUCACUAUUUAUGGAAUGUUACCAUUAGGUUGGCUGUACGAGAUUUAAAAAAAAGUACUGGUGUGUUUCCCUUAUCUUCUAUGAGUUGUACAGAAUUUGUUAAUAAUGUUGUAGAUAGCACCGUUUAUUGUGUUUAUUGAAUGGUAAUCGCAUAUUGUUGUAAUGUAGGCCUACAAUGGGGAUUGCUGCUUAUUUCGCGUUGCUGAAAAUAUGGUAAUAAAACGGAAAAUAAAUAUUUCGCUUAACCAUUCUGGACAUUUGUUCCCUCUGCUGGCCCAUAGCAUAGGAAACAUUCUAGACAAGUCAAGCAUUCUACCUAAGUGUUGGACGGUUGUCUAAGAAGACCGUAAAUUACCCCC